GAUAAUUGAAGGUAAAUCCAAAAUAUAACUGUACCUGAUUAAUAUCUACAAUUAUAGAAGCUAAAGCAGUUCCGGAAGUUGGCGAUCGUAAAAUUCAACAUAUAUCUGAUGGUGGUAUGGCUGUUGCUUCCGUUCUUUUUGCAGAAGAAUAUGCAAAAGUAAUUCCAAUAAUCUAUGCAUAUCCGGGGAAGGUUGACGGAAAAGCCUACAUCAUUGCUGUAUUAAAUCCGGCCGAAAAGUCAGAUGUUCAUCUUAGGAAAGUGUCAGCAAAGUUCAAAGGUUUUCCAGUAAUAAUUGGUUACGGGACCUUUGAACCACUUUAUCGCAAUCGUCAUGAUACUUUGUCAUCAGGAGUUAGCAUUGGCGAUCUUUCUAUAAGCAGUACGGCUACACUAGGAGCUUUUUUUAAAACUACAUCCCGUGGAUUAUGUACAACAACAGAAGAAAAAAGAUAUAUAAUUACCGUAGACCAUGCAGUAGGGGAGGGUUCACUUGAUGAUUCUUGUGCUACGAUCAAGUGUAAAUCUUUUAAACGUAAUGAGCGUGGAUGCUUGCUUGAUUACGCUUUUUGUGAAAUCAACAAUAACCGCAACAUAUCAGAGCCUCCGUAUAAAUCUCAUAUUGCUAUUAAUGGAAUCAAAGAUUUUGUGGGAACUGAUUUAAAAUCAUUAUACAAACCCGAAGUACCUAUUCAGAAGAUCGGAAGAACGACAGGGCACACUGAAGGAUCGACAAGAGAUUAUUUGUAUACCCUCACUAAUUUUUCACCGUUCAAUUUUGUCAAGGCUAUAUUAGUGUUAGAUGAAUACGGCGAUGCUUUUAGUGCGAAAGGAGAUUCGGGAUCUCCUGUUUUCGACGAAAAUGGCAUACUAUGGGGGAUUUUACAUGGGCGUAAUGAAAAUCAUGGAUCAUGUGCCGUUGUGCCCAUCAAUGAAAUUUUAGAUGAUGCUAGACAAAACGGAAUGGAUUUUCGGUUGAUGUAAUUAACUAUGCGUGCUUAUAUGUGAUUUAUUUAUGUAAAUUGCAUUUUUUACACCCUGAUUCUUUAAAAUAAGCAUUACUACAUAGUGUUCUAAAUAGUAUUUUAAUAUAUAUCCUUUAAUUUUUAAUAUAUUACAAUAUUAAAGUAGAUUGAGUAAUAUUUUUACAAUCGCAAAUAUAAAUUUUAUCCCGAAAUGUGAUUCAUCGAACAGAUUUAACAAAAAACUUUUCCAAUCUAAUUAGCAAGAUUUAAGAAAAUAUUAUCUGUCUUUUCGAAUUUAUGAACUCGUUUCGUCUGGCUCAUAAAAUAUAGACCGCUUAUAUGAAAAUGCAUGUACUGCAGAAAAUGAAAGGAUAAAGGCUA